UGAAUAACAUGGAGUUAUUUUGUUUCUUAUUCAUUUUUAGCUUGAUAUCAUCAGCAAGAGUUUCAUGCACAAGCUUUAAUGUGAUAGACUAUGGAGCAAAAGGUGAUGAAGUGGCAGAUGAUUCCCAAGCAUUUUUGAAUGCAUGGAAUGAUGCUUGUUCUUCAUCCUCACUUCGCUAUCCACAAGUGAUCAUUCCUGAAAACUCAACAUUUCUGGUUAAUCCACUUACCUUUAAUGGCCCCUGCAAUUCUGAAUAUAUCUAUUUCCAGAUAUUAGGGACAAUUAAAGCACCAAGUUCACCCCAGAGUUGGGACGGGCACGACGCAAGCCAGUGGCUCGCAUUUAAGGGUGUCAAUGGACUAAAGGUUGAGGGUGGAGGGAUAAUUGAUGGACAAGGAAAAAAAUGGUGGGAUCAAUCUUGUAGAUAUCAUCCUGAUUUGAAAGGCUGCACAAAACUGGCCCCAACAGCAAUGAAGUUCCUUUCAUGCAAUAACAGCAGUCUGAGCAACAUUCAUUUUAUCAGCAGCCCUCAAACACAUGCACUUAUAUUUGGGUGCAAUGGCUUCAAUGUUAGCAAUGUGAGUGUUGAGUCUCCUGGAGAUAGUCCCAAUACUGAUGGCAUUCACAUUCAUGCCUCGCACCAUUUGAGCAUUACCUAUUCCAAUAUAAGUUGUGGGGAUGAUUGUAUUUCCAUUGGAGACUACACUUCCAAUAUUGAAAUAAACAAUGUUCAAUGUGGGCCAGGCCAUGGUAUAAGUAUUGGAAGCUUAGGAAAGAGUGGGAAUUUUGUACAAGUGGAAGACAUUCAUGUCUACAAUUGUACCUUCAAUGGGACAACAAACGGAGCUCGGAUCAAGACAUGGCAGACCGGCAGAGGAUACGUUCGAAACGUGACAUUCGAAAAUCUGCAACUCUUUUUAGUAGAUAACCCCAUCAUCAUAGAUCAAAAUUACUGCGAUGUUCGCGGGGCAUGCAAAGAAUUGGCAAGUGGGGUUGAAAUCAGCAAUGUAGUGUAUGAAAGAAUAAGUGGAACAGCAAGCAGAGAAACAGCCAUAAACCUAAACUGCAGUAGGUCAGUACCGUGCACGGGAAUAAGAAUGGAGUCCAUAGACAUAACGGCUCAGGGACGGUGGCCACUUAUUGUAGCAAUGCUCGCGGACAGGAAAGUGUUGUGGUGCCUGGGCCUUGUCUCCAAUAACAACACUCAUUAAAUUCUACCAUAUACAUAUGUAACUGUAUUGUAUGUCCACCUACUAUAUCAUUCU